AUGAUUGAUCUGGGAGGUUUCGUGGGCUUCCCUGCUCUCCAGCAAUAUGCUCGGGCAGUGGAAGGUCCUUCUAGGUCUUAUGCAGCGGUGGCACGAUCGGUAUUACCAAACGUCGAGAACCUGCCGUCUCCCGUAAGGGAUAGUUCUCUCACAAGGAUAAAGAUCCCGCAAGAGGCUUACACCAAGCAACUAGAGAUGUUGAAGUAUGCUCUUCUGGGAAGAUUGAACUUUGGACAUACCACGUUGGACAGACUGCGAGACUCUGCCAAGGGUUGGGGUCUGAAGAACGGUGUCUUCAUGAAGUCACUAGGGAAAGGUUUCGUUGUUUUUCGUUUCCUUUCGGAGGAGGAUAUGACCAGUACAUGGAAGCGAAGCUCGUUACGCGUGGAUGGACAGUUAUUGCGCUUCCAGCGUUGGAAGAAGGAUUUUAAUGUGGAUGACCAGGCUAUCACUCAUAGGCUCACUUGGGUAUGCUUUCCGAAUCUGCAGCCACAAGAGUACUGGCACGAGGAGGUACUGCUCUCUAUUGCAAAGGCGGUGGGACGACCCAUUGCAAUUGAUCGGUGCACCAAGAACUCAUUCUACGGUCACUUUGCGAGGGUUUGUGUGGACAUAGAUGACUCGGCACCGCGCGUGGAGGAGGUUUACGUUGAGCGUGAGCAGGAAGGGUCACAUGAAAAUUUUGUGUUCAAGCAACGGGUGGUCUUCGAGAAUCCUCCAUCGCGUUGCGCCUGCUGCCGGCGUUAUGGUCACAACGUGGAAGCCUGCCCUACCAAGGCGCAGGUGCAACCUGCAAAGGAGGAGAUUCCUGGAGCAAAUUACGUUGAUCAACCUGCUCAGGUAAGGCGGCAGCAGCAGGGUUGGAGGCGCAGGGAGGGCCCUGCAGCGGCGGAGGAGGUAGUCAACGGCAACAAUGAGAAUGUUUUGCAGUUGGAUAAGGAUACGGUUGCCCAGCCAGCGGAUUUGGCGCCACUCUUGGGGGAUACCCAGCCUGUGAACGCGGUUAUACAGGCUAGGAUUUCAGAUGAGCCAGCCAACUCAGAUUCGGUUUUAGUUAGUUCAAGACUCCUUAUGUGA